UUAUUUUCAAUUCAAAGCUCUUUCGCAAAUUUUAUUCUCAUCAGUUUAAUUAAUAGUUUAACAGUGCUAGCUUAAUUUGUAAUAAUGGGAAAGGAGAAAAAAAAGUUAAAAGCUUCUAAUGGCAAUGAAUUAUGUACAAAGUUAUCAGCAUUAAGCAUGACAAAUCAAACAGAACCGGCAAUAUCAACAGCUGAGUUUUAUUAUGGACUUGAAUUAAGUGCAGUAGAAAACUUGGCAGUAAUCAAUAGGUCACCAGAAUCAGCUUCUCCAGAUAAAAAAAAGAAAGAAAGAAAGAGGAAGGAAAAGAAUAGGAAAGUAGAUAAGCUUGAGACAGUCGAAGGGAAAAUUAAAAACUUGACAAUCACUAUUAAAAAUGAUCAAUGUCAAAAAGCUAAAUCGUCAACAAAAAAUCAGGCACAAACUAAGAGCAGUGAAGACACCAAAGCAUCUAAAGAUCUCAUUGACUGCCUCAAAAUGCUACAAACAGGAAAAAUGACAUCCGAAUCUGUAAUGAAACUACACAAUGUUCCAGAACUUAAAGUUCCGAAAAUCAAAAAGCGAGAUGCCAGAAAUCGCGAUGAAAUUCUGGCAUUAAAUAAGAAAAUUCAGGAGAAAAUUGUUAAGCAGAUUAAGCCAAAGCUUAAGUCGAUUAUUAAUGAUAAGCCAUUAAAUGGAUUAGUUGAGAAGAAACAUACAAUUUCAGAGUCAUCAACCAAUAACAAUCAAGGAUAUCCACCGAAAAUUAAAAUAACGUCUAACAAGAAUUACAAACUGUCAAUUCCAAAAACUAUCAUUAAGACAUCUAGCAAUAAUGCUGAAAUCUAUAGAUAUACAUUUGAGCAGCUUUAUCGAUUACAGCAAUUUAGUACAUGGGAAAUGGUACCGAAACUGCAAAAAUUAAAGAUCUGUAAAACUCAAUUAAAUGAGCUAGAUACAUUUUUGAUGACUUUAUUGGAACUGCCGGAAAAUGAACGAAAUCAAGCAAUUCUAAAGAAGGCUGAAGAAAGGAUGUUUAUUAAACGUAAAGGUUUUAAUGACUAUGCUUAUUUGUCACCACAAUUUUUGGUAACUGACGAACAGCCAAGAAAACAAGAUGUCAUAUUUCCAACAUUUAAGGAUAAUAAAAGACAAAAAGACAUUGAUUAUGUUGAUAAAUUCAGGCUCAUAGCUAAUAAUGACGAGGAACUGAAUAAAUUAAUUUAUCAGCAUGAGUUUAUUUGUCUCUUUGAGAACGAGUUAAAAGAUCAAGAUUUAAAAAAUCUAGCUCAUCAGGAUAUCGUACAACUUCUCAUAGACAAUAAUCAGGCAUACAUACUUGAGGGAGAUAUUCGUGUUAAUCAAAGGAACAAUCAGGAAGCCUAUGUGACACAUAAGCGUGGCAUGAAGGAUGUUUGUAUUAAUAAAUUAAUUUUACGUAAACAUGCAUUUCAAGGAGAUUACGUCCGCGUUCUUGUCAAGAAAGAUAGUUCCAAUGAAUUGGAGAAUGAUCCAUGUAAUAAUUUGUUGGACGAAAGUACAGCAACAGUAUUAGAUGAAGAUCUCGUGGAAACAUCUCCAGAUAUAAGUGAAAAUAGAAAUUUUGGAUGUGUUUUAGAAAUUUUAGAGCCAAGACAUUCUCGUCGAGUUAUUGGUUCGUUUGCUGCAUUCCUUAAUGUAAAGAAAAAUCGCAGGUACUUGAUGGUCAAUGUGCGUGAUCCAAAAGUACCUAAUGUUAGAGUAAAUGUACGAUCUGGAAUUCCAACAGACACUGAAUUGAAUGAGAAGCUUUUAUUGGUUGUAGAAAUUACUGAUUGGAGUCAUGAUCAACCUCAAGGACGAGUUGUUUCCAUUUUAGGGAAUAAAGGCCAAUUAAAGACCGAAAAUGUUGCAAUUUUACAGCAAAAUAACUUAAGUCCAGUGCCUUUCGAGCAAAACAUUAUCGAUGAAUUGCCUAAAGAGCCAUUUGAAAUCCCCGCAAAAGAAUUUGAGUAUCGUGAGGAUUUAAGAAAGAAAUGUAUAUUUUCAAUAGAUCCUGAAAGCGCUCGUGACUUAGAUGAUGCAUUGUCCUGUGAAAUUCUACAAAAUGGAAAUCUCGAAGUUGGUGUUCAUAUUUCUGAUGUCUCUUAUUUUGUUAAAGAAAACUCGGAUUUAGACAAUAUUGUGAAAGAAAAAGCAACGACAAUCUACUUGGUUGACACUGUUUAUCAUAUGUUGCCUGAACAGUUGUGCUUUUUAUGUUCAUUAUUACCUGGAAGUGAUAAAUUGGCUUACAGUGUAUUCUUCGAAAUGGACCUAGACACAGCAGAAAUAUUCAAUACACGCUACACACGUUCAAUUGUGAAUUCAUGUGGAAAAUUAAGUUAUGAUCAUGCACAAGCAGUGAUUGAAAAGAAAGACAAAAAUUGGGAUGAUUUAAAAGCUGAUUUUCCAGAAAUUCACAAUGGAUUUACAGUUGCUGAAAUUGCACAAAAAAUAGUAAAGCUACAGAAAUUGUCUCUAAUAAUGCAAAGUAAUCGUAAAAAAAGUGGUGCACUCAAAAUUGAUCAGCCAAAAUUAUAUUAUAUAUUCGCAAAAGAUGAUCAUCAGAGAAUGGAAACUCCUGUAGACUUCGCAAAAUACUGUCAAAGAGAUUCUAAUCGAUUAAUUGAAGAAUUUAUGUUACUGGCAAAUAUUUAUGUCGCAAAAUUCAUCUAUGAGAAAUUCCCGGAUAUUUCACUAUUAAGACAACAUGACAUUCCAAAUGAAAAUGGUUUGAGAAAGCUGACAAAUGUGCUAAACAAACAUAACAUUCAAAUUGAUACAAGCUCAUCUGCUGCUAUUUCAUUGUCUAUGGAAAACUUGAUUGCAUUUGCUAAACAUCCGAACGCCAUGAAUGCAGCGAUAAAUCAUAUGGUCUCAAAAACCAUGACAAGAGCAAAAUAUUUUUGCAGUUUUAUGGCUGAAAGUCCUGAUGCUUUUUGGCAUUAUGCAUUAUCAACGCCAAUUUAUACACACUUUACAAGUCCGAUUCGUAGAUAUGCUGAUAUAUUGGUCCAUCGAGUUUUAAAUGCCGCACUAAAUUAUGAAGCUGUACCGUCAAGAACACCUGAUGAAAUUCAGGAAUUGGCUAAUAUAUGCAACGUUCAAAAAUACAAUGCUAAAUUAGCUGGUGACGAUAGCUCAAAUCUUUAUUUCAUGCAUUUUAUGAAGUCAUUGAAGUCAAAAGCCAUGAUAGCUGGUGUCGUUGGAAUUUAUGAAUUUAAUCUUGAAAUCGUACUAAUUGAUACAGGACAUUUAAUUAAGGUUUAUUAUAAGAAUCUUCAACAAAAUGAUGAUGUCAUAAUUAAGACAUUCACAGACAGUUCACCGCCAUACGUGAGCUUUCAUCUUCCAAAAUUGCAAAUUUCAAUGAAAAUCGUGUUUGGAAUGGAAAUUUUGGCACAGGUUGAAGUAUUGAAUGAUAAGCUAAUUGUGAACAAGAUUUUUUACAAUAAAGACACAAAAUGAGGUCUCGUGGAUAGAUUGAUGAUCCGAGGAAUUCCUUUAGUCAUGCAUGAAUGUGAUAAAAAUGAUGAAAUUGUACAUAAUGUAUAAAAGAGGAGCCACUUAAUCAUUUGUCAUGAUAAUCAUCAUUGAAUUUUGUUUUAUACGAGAAAAAAAAUUAUAACAUUUGAAAAUAAAAACAGCCAUUGUCAAGUUCAUGAAA